ACGAUGGGACUCGAACCCUAAUCUCCCGCUCCGGAGGCGAGCGCCUUAUCCAUUAGGCCACGCGAACUUAUUGAUAUGACUGAAAUUCUAGUUAAUCUAUUUUGAGUAGCUUUGAUUCUCCGAACUAGACCCAACAACUCUUCCUACCUGCUAUUUGGCUCUACCAAGGCUCUCGCAAUAUAUCUACUUGUGUGUGUGUGCCCUUCCGAGUCCUCCAUCAUGGCUUUCGCAAUUUCCAACGCUUUCCGUUACCCUCAUCCUCAAUUUGGUCAUAGGAGCUCCCAUAUCACUUUUCCAACUCCCAAGUCUCCUCCUUUUGUCAGGCUUCCCCCGGGAAGAGUGUUGCCGAGCAGGAUUGUGAUACGUGCUGCUUCGUCUGCGGCUGGUAAUCCACAGUCCGAUGGUGACUUUAACCCAUAUGAGGUUCUUGGCGUUAACCCAAUAGAGGGUUUUGACAAGAUCAAGCAAGCUUAUGGAAGAAAACUUAAAGAUGCUCAGAGGAGUGGUGAUGAAGACACUGCUGCUCUACUUGAGAAAGCAUAUGAUAAGCUCAUGUAUUCCCAGCUAAUGAAUAGGAAGAAGGGUGUGACUUUCGGUUCUUUUAAGGUUUCCAAGGACAUUAAAUAUGCUGAUAAACAGCCCAUAAUACCAUGGGGUCCAAGGUAUUCCAAGUCCCCCAGAAAUGAUAUGUUGAUCAACCUAGCAAUAUCAGCUGUGUUUAGUGCAUGGAUUGCCAUAAAACGUAGUGUUGAAUACAAACCGCUGCAGUUCAUGUCUUUUGUAUUUGUCUACAGAAUUUUUGAGAAAUUAAAAUCCUUUGAAGCACCUUCAUCUCCAACAUACAACGAGGAAGGCGAAGAAAGUGGACGGGGAUUGAGAAUGGGAAAGAGGCUUCUUCGGUCUCUUUCAUUAGUUUUCGGCUCCAUACUUGUGGCAUCUUUGGCCUACACCGGGAUCUUAAAUGUCAUCGAGUACAUGGGCAACUCCAUACCCAUGGUUCUUUACAAUAACCAGGAACUUAUCGUGACGGCCUCAUCAGCUUUGAUGCUCUAUGUUAUGGCGUCGUAUUACAGAUAAUGCGAGAGAAGAGAACAUGAGACUUGGUCUAUCAGAAGGUUUUGGAGAAGUUUUUUUUUUGCUGUAGAGCCUGUGGCUAUGGGAUGAAAAGUUUAUUUUGUUUGGAGAGAUGGGAUUAUCUUUACAAUGGUUAGUGGAAAAUCAAGUUAAUUUAGCAAUAGAGAAAAUGCCUUUUGGAAUAUUAUAAGUCGUUUUUAUAUUUCUUUUAUCGCUGGGGAUAGCAUGUUGAACUUGGCUUUGGUCAGAUUGGAACAUUGAUAUGUUGAGGUCUA